AGGGACCCCGAGGAGCUUCGCCGGUGAAUUUAGACAUUCACGUUUCGAACAUUGUGUAGUGAACAUUGCCAGGGCAGGUGAACGACUGGCGCGAAAAAUACGAGCGCGAGCUGUACUCAGAAAAAUCUCGUGAGUGCUGUUUUUCUUCUGAAUUCAAGGUUUUCCUCGGCUGAUACACAGUGAUUUUCUUGGGUACUGGUGGCAAAAUAUAUGAUGACGAGGAUACCUCAAGCCAUAGUCAUUUUGGCCAUUCUCGUCGGUUCGUCUUUGGCAAGCUUGCAAUCAACGUCGAGAAAUCAUGAACUUCUCUCCAAAAUUGGACUGACCAGGGUGAGAACGCCACAGAGUCACCACAGGAAGAGAUUGGCAGUGCAGUCAAGACAUCAUAGCAGAUCUGACGACUCCCAUAUGUUCAUCAUCAAACUACCCCCAAGUCCGCAUUAUUAUGGUUUCAACAAUCCCAACAGCAUAGAGGAGCCCUCCAAGAAGAAGCACCUUCCAAUAGGUUUCAAGAGCAACGGAAAACCAGCAAAGGUAUACCACUGGAAUCUUCCUGUCCUCAAGACCUUGGCAGCGCAUAAACUGAAGUCAAGGAAGAACGACAUACACGACAUAACAAUAAACGACUAUCCAAACCCAGAGAGCUGGAACGAGGUCUUGGACAAGCCAGAGAGCGACCACUACAAGCCCAGAAAGCCAUCUUAUUACGUCCCAGCCAAACCCAAAAAGGGGGCGUUCACCAAAUACUUCCCCGGAAACGGAAAACCACACUCUUUCUACGUGAUAGAGAAGAGCAAAAAAGCUCACUAUCACAGAUUACUGCCAUAAAAAGUACUUAAACGUAAGAUUUUCUCAACAUGGGCGUGACUUCGUCGAGUCUGAAAACGAGCAAAGAUUCCCCUCUACAUCUAUUCAAAUUGUCAGUUAUAAUGAAUUUCCUCCCUCACGAAAAUUGUGGAAAAAUUUUCACCUUCAAGCCCAUGUGUUGUGCAAUAAUGCCACGAGGUGGAUCGUACCAGACUGAUACAAGCUUUUGUAUGAUUUGAUAGUGUUAAAUGUUUAUUAUUAAUAUUGAAUUAUAUUAUAAGUGUAAUUUUAUUUAUUUUCAUCUUGAAAUCAUUUCAAUAAAAUAAGAAUCAA